GAAAGUCCAGUCAUUCAAGAAGUGAUGGAAAGAAAGAAGAUAGAACAGAGGAAGAGGAAGAAGGAAGAAGCAGACAUGGGUCUAGUUCUGGAAGGGAAGGCAGACACAGAAAUAGAUCUGGGAAGAAACGUCAUGAAUCAAGUAGGGAAAAGAAAAGGAGAGCGAGUUCUACUGAACUAAAAGAAAGAAGUCACAUGUCAAGUGUUAGCCCCAUCAGGGAAUAUGAAGGAAAAGAAGAAGAACGUGGUUACGAAAAUAAAGAUAGAGGAUGUGAAAAAUGGAUAGGAUCAGAGCCUAAGGGCUCAUAUCAAGUUUGUGAAGAAACUGUGACUAUGGAUUUUCAGUCCGGUUGCAGUACACAGCAGGUUUCCAGUAUCAGUAAGGGCAGCGACAGCAAAGAACAUUCACAAGAUUCAGGUAGACAACCAGUGAUCACUCAUGGAAGGUCGCCAUCCAGCUCAAGGAACCAACAUGGGUCUUCCCACGACCAGUCAGGAGACAGCCCUAAGCACUCAGAGUCGCAUCAAGGGAGGACAGACACACACAGGAAGAGUGAAUCUGUCCAUGGAAAGUCAGGAUCCAGCACUACGCAAAGACAGGGGCGCCACCAUGAGCAGGAAAAAGACAGCUCCAGACCCUCUGGAACUGGACAUGGACACGCCUCAACUGGAUCCGGAAGCAGUAGGCACAGGGAAUCCAGUGUUGGUCAGUCCAGUGACAGCGAAAUACAGUCAGGAAAUUCAGGUAGAUAUUCUGUGACCACUCAUGGAAGGUCUGGGUCCAGCUCAAAGAACCAACAUGGAUCUUCCCAAGGCCAGUCAGGAGACAGCUCUAGGCACUCAGAGUCACAUCAAGGUAGGACAGACACACACAAGAAGAGUGAAUCUGGCCACAGCAAGUCAGGGUCCAGCACUACUCAGAGACAGGGGCACCACCACGAGCAGGAAAGAGACAGCUCCAGACACUCUGGAACUGGACAUGGACACACCUCAGAUGGAUCCAGAAGUGGGAAAGACAGGGAAUCCAGUGUUGGUCAGUCCAGUGACAGCGAAGGACAGUCAGAAGAUUCAGACAGACAUUCUGUGACCACUCAUGGAAGGUCUGGGUCCAGCUCAAGAAACCAACAUGGGUCUUGCCAUGGCCGGUCAGGAGACAGCUCUAGGCACUCAGAGUCACAUCAAGGGAGGACAGACACACACAGGAAGAGUGAAUCUGUCCAUGGAGAGUCAGGAUCUAGCACUAAGCAAAGACAGGGGCACCACCAUGAGCAGAAAAAAGACAGCUCCAGACACUCUGGAAUUGGACAUGGACACACCUCAACUGGAUCCAGAAAAAGUAGGCAGAGGGAAUCCAGUGUUGGUCAGUCCAGUGACAGUGAAGGACAGUCAGAAGAUUCAGGUAGACAUUCUGUGACCACUCAUGGAAGGUCUGGGUCCAGCUCAAGAAACCAACAUGGGUCUUCCCAUGGCUGGUCAGGAGACAGCUCUAGGCACUCAGAGUCACAUCAAGGGAGAUCAGCAUACAGGAAGAGUGAAUCUGGCCACAGCAAGUCAGGGUCCAGCACUACUCAAAGACAGGGGCACCACCAUGAGCAGGAAAGAGACAGAUCCAGAUACUCUGGAACUGGACAUGGACACACCUCAACUGGAUCUGGAAGCAAUAGACACAGGGAAUCCAGUGUUGGUUGGUCCAGCGAUGGUGAAGGGCAGUCAGGUGAUUCAGGUAGACAUUCUGUGACCACUCAUGGAAGGUCUGGGUCCAGCUCAAGAAACCAACAUGGGUCUUCCCAUGGCUGGUCAGGAGACAGCUCUAGGCACUCAGAGUCACAUCAAGGGAGAUCAGCAUACAGGAAGAGUGAAUCUGGCCACAGCAAGUCAGGGUACAGCACUACUCAAAGACAGGGGCACCACCAUGAGCAGGAAAGAGACAGAUCCAGAUACUCUGGAACUGGACAUGGACACACCUCAACUGGAUCUGGAAGCAAUAGACACAGGGAAUCCAGUGUUGGUUGGUCCAGCGACGGUGAAGGGCAGUCGGGUGAUUCAAGUGGACAUUCUGUGACCACUCAUGGAAGGUCUGGGUCCAGCUCAAGAAACCAACAUGGGUCUUCCCAUGGCCAGUCAGGAGACAGCUCUAGGCACUCAGAGUCACAUCAAGGUAGGACAGACACACACAAGAAGAGUGAAUCUGGCCACAGCAAGUCAGGGUCCAGCACUACUCAGAGACAGGGGCACCACGACGAGCAGGAAAGAGACAGCUCCAGACACUCUGGAACUGGACAUGGACACACCUCAACUAUUUCUGGUAGCGGCAGACACAAGGAAUCAAAUAUCAGUCAGGAUAGCAACACAGAAGGACAUUCAGGAGAUUCAGGUAGACAGCCUUUGACCACCCAAGGAUGUUCUGCAUUCUAUUCAAGGAACCAAAGUCAUGGUUCAGAUCAAGGUUGGAGACAUGGCAGCUAUGGCAGUGCAGAUUAUGACUAUGGACAGUCAGGGUUUGGUCAUUCUCAGGAUGGAAGUGUCAGUCAUGAUUCCAGCCAUAUGGGAGCCAGGGACAGAUUUGAAUAUAGGAGCAUUUAUGGGAUCCAAUAUAACAGGCAGCAAUCAUCAUCUACACAGACUGGAUCUGGAAUAAGCAGACAUCAUGGAUCCAGUUAUAGUCAGGCCAGUGAUAGUGAAGGGAAAUCAGAAGAUUCAGAGAGGGCAUCGGCAUCAACUCACGGACAGUCUGGAUGUAGACAUGUGAAAUAG